GUCUGCUCAUCUCAAGUACCCUCAGCACCUGCCCACUGACAGCACACUCAAGGAUUUCCUGACACCCCCCCCCCACGCACCCCCACCCCAGAUGUAGAGGGAGUUGGCAUCUGCAGCUGGUGUCUACACAACCCUUGCGGUGUCCACUGAAGCUGCCCACCAUGCGUGAGUAUAAGCUAGUGGUCCUGGGUUCAGGAGGCGUGGGAAAAUCUGCACUGACAGUUCAGUUUGUGCAAGGUAUUUUUGUGGAGAAGUACGACCCCACAAUAGAAGACUCCUACAGAAAGCAAGUGGAAGUUGACGGGCAGCAAUGCAUGCUCGAGAUCUUGGACACCGCCGGAACGGAGCAAUUCACAGCCAUGAGGGACCUCUACAUGAAGAACGGCCAAGGUUUUGCUCUGGUCUACUCCAUCACAGCACAGUCAACGUUUAAUGACCUGCAGGACCUCCGAGAGCAGAUCCUGCGAGUGAAGGACACAGAGGACGUUCCCAUGAUCCUGGUGGGGAACAAGUGCGACCUCGAGGACGAGCGCGUGGUCGGCAAGGAGCAGGGUCAGAACUUGGCCCGUCAGUGGAGCAACUGUGCCUUUUUGGAGACGUCGGCUAAAUCAAAGAUUAAUGUGAAUGAAAUUUUCUAUGAUCUGGUGAGACAAAUCAACAGAAAAACUCCAACGGAAAAGAAGCCAAAAAAGAAGAAGGGUUGCACGCUUCUCUAAACACCCACACCCCGUACCCCCCCCCCCCCACACACACACCCCACCCACCACACACACUAGCACUAGGCCAGGUGAGUGGGCGUUGAAAUAACAUUGAUUACAGCCAAGUGCAGGGCUCCACUGCCCACUGAGUACUGUAUUGUAUUAUAGCUUAAUAUUUUAGUUUUAACCGUACUUGGACAUUAAUAAGUUCGGUUUCUUGAGUUUAAAAGGGCAGGUAUGGUGGUCUGAGACGGCAUACCUUGUUAACAACAGUAUAUUUUAAUUACUGAUAUACUCUAUUGGGCGCCGAGUUGCAUAAAUCAACCUCCAUCAUCACAUUGACUCUACAUCAAGUACUAAAACUCCCCUCAAGAAGAAAUGCUAUAGGAUACAUUUAAGUGUCAUUGAUUGGUAUCUAAUCUUAUUUGUAUAGUUUUUUUUCUGUGUGACUCACAAAUAGCAGAAUAAAUCCCUAGGAUUAAUGCAUUAAUAUAUUUAUUUUAUGCAGAAAUGUUAAAUGAGUAACUGUCCCCUUAUUGGACAAUGCCAACAUCCUAAAAGAUAGACUGCUUGCAAGAUGGCAGGAGUCCCCACAUUUUAUCAUAAUACUUUUUUUUU